UGCCGUGUGUCCCUCCGAGCGCGUCAGUCAGUCGGGGCCCUCGGCUGACGGUGUUUGUCCUGCUGGGCCCCGCGCUUGUGUCCCGGCUCCCGCCCGUCUGUUCCGGAACCUCCGACACUCAACCGGCCCGGAUCCCUACCCCAGCCGCACCCGGCCCCUGGCCGCAGCGCCCUCGCUCCGGCGCCAUGUCGCAGAGCGGGACCCCCGGACUGCAGGAGGAGAGCCUGCAGGGCUCCUGGGUAGAACUGCACUUUAGCAGCAAUGGGAACGGGAGCAGUGUGCCCGCCUCAGUUUCUAUUUAUAAUGGUGACAUGGAGAAAAUCCUGCUGGAUGCUCAGCAUGAGUCUGGACGGAGCAGUUCCAAGAGUUCUCACUGUGACAGCCCGCCUCGCUCACAGACCCCACAAGAUACGAACCGAGUGUCCGAGGCAGACAGCCACAGCAUCGGAGAGAAGAACAGCUCUCAGUCUGAGGAAGAUUACAUUGAGAGAAGGAAAGAAGUCGAAAGCAUCCUAAAGAAAAACUCAGACUGGAUAUGGGACUGGUCAAGCCGGCCCGAAAACAACCCCCCCAAGGAGUUCCUGUUCAGGCACCCAAAGCGCACGGCCACCCUCAGCAUGAGGAACACCAGCGUCAUGAAGAAGGGGGGUGUCUUUUCGGCCGAGUUUCUCAAAGUCUUCCUUCCAUCUCUGCUGCUGUCACACCUGCUGGCCAUUGGGUUGGGAAUCUACAUCGGGCGGCGUCUGACCACCUCCACCAGCACCUUCUGAUGAGGAAUCAGAAUCGGCUUUUCACAAAGGAGCGGGAUUCAUACGGAGCUUGUGACAUGGCUCACUGAGGCGCUGUCCUGGUCCUUGGUGGCUGGCCACUGUGUUGAUUUGUUCUGUAAAUGCUGCGUGCCCGACUUAGUGAGACUAGGAAUAGACACUGAAACCACACUAACCUAGAACCAACUGUACCUGUGGGAUCAAUCAAUGAGCAUGUCACACUAUACGUACUCCUGGAAUAAUGUGGUGGUAACUUUUCUUCGAUAUUAUAAAUAUGAGCAUAGAUAAUUUUACCAUGCUAGUCAUGAUGUAUGUAGUAUUUUAAUAAAAACUAUCUGUAACCUUAAUUCAGUUAAAAUUCUCCCUAUUUCGAAAGAAUGAAUAAUGUUAUUAAAGUAACUCCUUAAAGGGUUUAUCCCAAAUAAACAUGUGGCCUUACAUUCACACCGUUGGAGGACAUGCUGUAUGUGGAUGCAGGUGUCUGCUGAAGACCACACUUCACUGCUCGUUGUUCUGAGUCAUGUGUGAUAGGGUCUGGGGCACACGCUGGGCCCUGUGCAAUGUAGACAAUGGCCCGCGUGCUGGGGCAGGAUGGCAACUGUAGUGACCACGUGGAUGAUGUGCCUAAGACACCUGCUAAAGCACCUUCCUCUUCCCCACUCUGGAUUGCAGAAUUUAGACAUAUUUGUGUUCAUUUUUGUGUGCUCUGAGAUUCAGCUUCAUUCUAAGCAAAUCUGUGUCUAAAAGACUGGAAAUAGAAAAUAAAUUUUUGCCAAAUCCUUCAGAGAUUACUGUAUUUAUACAUAGUUUGAAAUGAAACACCAUAAAACCUUCAUGAUUAAACUGGGCAUAUUCCCCACUGUCUGAGUGUUUUCUCCCUCCAAGCAUGGAUCUCAGAAGGCUGCCUCUGGUAUACCGUUUAUGCUGUCCUGUACUUGUUUCAGUUUUCCACGCUAAAUGCAGUUGUAUUAAAAUAAAUGUAACAAAAUUU